AUGGCGAGAUUUUCUAUUGUGCAGGAGACUGAUAAAAGCGAUUGCAAGGUGCGUUAAUGAAGUUGCAGAUUAUUGGCUUUGAAUACGAUUGAAAGAGGUAAAGAGGAGCUUGAAUAAUGAAUUUAAGCAUUAUAAGACAGUCAUUAAUAUUUCAAAGUAUGGAGAGUUAAGGUUGCAUUUGUUCAAGAGUUAUCUAACCGCGAAGAUGCAAUCCACCUUUAUUAUGCCACGGAUGAGUUUUAUAGAAAGUCGGAAAGUGAUCAAGGAAUUGACCAAUCCAGUCAAACGUUUCUACUAAACCAGCAUUAUAAUCCACAACCACGGAUGUUUCUUCCAAAGGAACAAUAUUGUCCAAGAGAUUGGGCAACAAGAGUAGCCAAUAUUGUAUUUUGGUGCGAACAUAAUGAAGGAGGUCAUUUCUCAUCUGUUGAGCAAGCAGAAAAGUUUCUUAAGUGUAUACAAAAUUUUGUUACGAGUCGAGAAGUUAAGAUGGUUUUGAAGAAUUACAUGGUUGUUAUUAGAUUGAAGAAAUUGCUCUCUUGA